ACCAAGUCAAUGGCAGAUGAGAGGCGGUCUCAGCUGGAGCAGUAUCUUCAGAAUGUUACUUUGGAUUCAAAUAUUACCAAUAGUGAUGUCUUCAUAGGUUUUUUCCGAAAGCUACAGCAGGCUUGGAGCCUGGAUAGCUCUUGCUUGUGUCUGACUACUGCAAGGUGCCGUAUGUCCCUUUUCUUCCCUUACCUCCUCUCCAGCUGCUGUGGUUCUUAUGAGGAUAGUAGUGUUUUGGAGCAGGAUACGUUUGAGAUCCAAACCCAGGGAGCCUUUCUGGAUGUCUACCUCGCUGACGGCAGUAAUAUUAGACUUGAUAUUCAGACAUCGGACACUGCACAAAGAAUAUUAGAGGUCACAUUUUGCAAGAUGGGGCUAUCAAGAGAAUUAAUAAAAUAUUUUAGUUUAUUUUUCUUCCAAGAUCGUGAUGAUGGAGCGCUCUCUGUGGUGACAAAAGUGGCAGAAUUUGAACUUCCGUAUGUGAGUCUUCAGAGCAUGAAAGAGUUGCACUGUAAGCUUGGGAUCAGAAAGUGGUAUAUGGAUCCUUCUCUUGAUACACGGCUGAUGGAUUGUAGAGCUUCACUGAAUUUGCUAUAUAUGCAGGCAAUCCAGGAAGUUAAGAGGAAUUGGGUUAAACCAACAGAAGGGCAGAUGCAGGAACUUGAAUUUCUACAAAAAAAUGAAAACAAAGCAAAGUUCCUGGAGUUGAUUCGAGAAAUGCGGUUCUAUGGAUAUGUACGGCUUGAUCCUUGCAUUUGUGACUAUCCAGAAGAAGGCUGCUCAGCUGACAUCUAUGUUGGCAAUAAUGAGAUUAACUGCUGCAUAAAACUGCCUACUAAUCAGACCAAAGAGGUCAGCUUUAAAAUCAACAGGUUAAGAAGUUGGCAGGUUACUUCUCUUGGUGCUACAAAGGAUGGUGAAGAAGACACUCUGGAGCUCAGAUUUGAGUACAAUGAUUCAGGCACAUGGCAAUGGAUAAUUUUGUACACAAAACAGGCCUUUUUGCUCAGUAGCUGCUUGAAGAAAAUGAUAUCAGAACAGAUGAUGAAGGCAGCCAAAGGUGGCCAAAAAAUGGAGAUCAAGAUGCCUGAAUCCACGAAAAAUAGUAAGAAAUCCAGCAUCCAAGAAAAGCAGGUAGUUCAUUCGGGUUUUAUAUCAAGGAAAAGAUUUUUGGUUAGGCCAAAUGAAGACGACUGUGUAUUUGAGAAAAUAAGAGAAGAGGACCUGUGAUAAUCUAUUUAAAAUACUGUCUUUCAAAAUGAAUUGUCUGGGAAUAAUAAACCUAUUGUUGAAACCUUGGAUUAUAAGGGGAAAAAAAAAUCUUCAGUGUAAUUCCUUGCCUUUGCAGUGUUCUUUAUAGUAUUUAUAAGUCUAGUGAACCGGACCAAAUGGGUGCUGAGAAUCUGGAGACAUCUUACAUACAUGCUGCUUUGGCUUUUUUCCCCCAGACUGAAAUUGUUGGG